GACGUUCUUCAUUCAUAUCAACCAGCCCUCUCUCUACAACCAUAGUCUCCAUUGUAUUUUCCCAACUUUUUUAGUUUAAAAAGAAGCCAAUAUGAAUGAAUUACCGAAAUGUGAAGCCAAUUAUGUACCUCUUACUCCCAUUACUCUCUUGAAGAGAGCCUCUGAAGUUUACGGGGAUCGUAUAUCUAUAAUAUAUGCCAGUGUCCGUUUCACGUGGCAUCAAACUUAUGAGCGGUGCCGCCGCCUUGCAUCUUCUCUCCGAUCACUUAAUGUCGGCAAGAACGACGUUGUUUCUGUAUUGGCUCCAAAUAUUCCAGCCUUGUAUGAAAUGCACUUUUCCGUGCCCAUGGCAGGGGCUGUGUUGAACACUAUUAACACAAGACUAGAUGCUAAAAGUAUUGCCACCAUUCUCCGGCAUUCUGAAGCAAAGGUUUUCUUUGUAGAUUACCAGUUUGUGCCACUGGCUCGCGAUGCCCUUCGGCUUCUAAUGGAUGAUUUGCAGAUAUCUGGUAAUUCCUCUGAAAUGUCGAUGCCGCUGGUUGCAGUAAUUGAUGAUAUCGACACCCCCACCCAAGUUCGACUAGGCGAGCUCGAGUAUGAGCAACUAGUUUAUCAAGGUGAUCCAGGCUAUGUCCAUGAAGAAAUUAACGAUGAGUGGGAUCCAAUUGCCUUGAAUUAUACAUCAGGCACAACAUCAGAGCCUAAAGGAGUUGUGUACAGCCACAGGGGUGCUUAUUUGAGCACUUUGAGCUUAAUAUUGGGCUGGGAAAUGAAGAGUGAGCCUGUUUAUUUGUGGUCACUCCCCAUGUUUCAUUGCAAUGGCUGGACUUUUGCUUAA